GUGAUGUUUUCGUAAUAAAUGUUUUAAACAAAUUUUGGUCAGUUUAAAUUAAAUCAUCAAUUAAACUUGAAACAAGAUGUGGAAGUUUGUGACUUUUUUCUUGCUGGCUAGCUCUGCAUAUGCUGGAGACAGUUAUGAGACUUUCGAGCCUUCCUCUUUGGAAACCUUGGAUGGCCACGAAUUGUUGACCAAAUUCGUUGAACUUGUCGAAAAAUAUAACAUGAAUGUUACCAUCAUUGGUAACACGAAAGAAUAUCGCAAAAAUGGAGAUGUAGAUGAAACCAUUGCUUUUGGAUUCACUUUGCCAGCCAAUGAGACCAGGGAAGUUACUGAUGGGCACCCAACUAAAGAAGAAAGACAAGCGUUUUUGGACUUGGCCAAAGAAUCGAAGAUUGUAGCUGUCACCAAUGUCCUCGAGAAUGACAAAUACGGCAUAAAUUCCAACUGGGGCAAUUACGACUCAACUGAAGAUGUCUACCAGAAAAUCUUGAAAAUCGAGGAAACCGUUUAUGGAUACAAAAUCUUGACGCCCUCUUACAGAGCCCAAUACAACUUUAUCAUACCUGGCGAUGACGGCAAGAACGAAACCAUUAUGGCCCUCGUUGCUAAUGUUGAGAUGGAUAAGGUUUCAAACGAAGGUUUUACCAAAGAAGAAUUACAAAAAAUUGAAGAAAUUUUGAAGAAAUCGUACAUCUUUACAGACCGCUCUGCAGAUCUUGCCGAAAUCAUUAAGGCCUACUUGAACGAAAAAAUGCCCAUCGAACCGAAAAGAAAUUAUUUCGUUUUUAUUAACCCCGGUCAAUAUUACAUCGAAUCUGUUAAAAAGGCCGAAUUCCGCGAAGGUGGCGAAAAUAAAAUCAUCGUUGGUAUUUUUUAAACCGUCAAAAAAUUAAGAAAAUAAUAAAACACAUAUACACAUUAUUUACAAGAUUUUUAUUACAAAUUACAACAAACACAUUGUUAAAACAAUACGAUAUUUUGACUUUAAAACAAUUUAUAAAAAAUUCAUAUAAUAUAACAGUCGUCUUUAAUUUAUUAUAAAAUAUUUAGAUUAUAAACAAAUAUUAGAAAUAUUCCCCAAUAUUUUUAAUAUUUGUUUAACAUAUCACCAAAGCUGUCCUUUUUAAAGUUUUUAGAUUAUGUCAAAAAUGACGUUUACACUGUCAUUCAAACUGUGAUAUCAGGCAUCUAUCCAGUUAAUGGUAACAUAACCCACAACCCCUUCCAUUAUCGAGGCCAAUAUUGCCCUUUUUCUCACAGAGGUGCCGAGCCUCCCAAACGCCACUAUUUCCUGAGGUGAUAAUGGUUGGCUGUCUCCCACACAUCUCACUAUAAACAUGGCGUGGUAUGCCGCAGGGUCCCCCACAUACACCAAAAAGUCCCCCCCAAACUUGUGGCCGUGAGUUAUGUAGUAACCCUUUGACCACAAGUCGCUGUAUAUUUGAAUUUUUAGUUGGUUGGUUUUGGGGUGGAUUUUUUCAACUGAGAGUUGUUUAAGAUCUCUUUCGUGUAUAUUUUCUAAAAAUAUUGGGUGUAUGAAGUUAUUUAUGUCUACAGUGCAGGAUUUUUCUAAUUCUUCUUCGAUGAUAUCUUUGACUGAAGUUUCAUCACCAUUUUCACGACGUUGUUCGACUAUGUGAUCCAAAAACCUGUCCAGUUGUUGAUAUCGCACUUUUUUAUAUUCAACUUUUUGUUUUUCCAAUAACUCUGCCUCAAACACUCCAUCGCAGUUCGGUACACCCUCAAUUUCGUACAAUUUUGCAAUAUUUUUGCCCAAUAAGAACACUACUUCCUCUGGCAACAACUUAACAGGUAGUGAAGGAACAAAUAAGGUACUUCCCACAAUCUCACCUAUAAUUCGAUGCGAUUUUCUCAAUUCAAACCAAUUGUCCACAUUAAAUACAUACACAUCGCCCUUAAUAUAAUACAAAUUUAUCAUUUCUAAAACAAAAUCAAAACAUAACCUUUAAAUGUAUUUGUCAACAGGUGCGUGCUAUUAACUUUUAUGAUCAACCACGAAUCUGUAUUUUUUUAAUAAAUAUUAUUUCGUGGCAUAUUGCUUUUUAUUUAAGUUUAUAGCGUAAAAAGUACAAAAAUUAAAUUACACAUUUAAAAAUAUUACUACUACUUUUGAGAAAACAACGCC